CUCACUUCCUUAGCAACGUUGCCUUUGUUGCUAGGGAUGACUCGAGUGACCAUCAUGUUUAUUUUAUAUAUGUUACACAAUUGCUUAAUAGUUUUAAUAGGUUCUGCUUGAUCAGUUGUUAUCAUACCUUCACCAUGCCUGUAAAUUCCCUGGUGAUUGUGAAGUUCGGUCCGUAUGAGUCCUGUGGCACCGUGGAACACAGAACCUUCCGCUUGCAGGGUUUGCAAGCUACUCUAAUUGAAGAUGGGCAUCGAUGCGUCCUGGAGAAGAUACCAGAAUGGAAUACAGUGGAACUUGUUGUUAACGGGGACACGAUUUUUCACUGUAAUAUUAAAGACCUUGACUUUGGAGGAGAUGGCAAACUAGAUCCCCUCUGUCAGGAGGCUAGAACAGCUGUACUGAAUGCUUACUGAAUGCUUACUGACUAGUCUGACAAUCUCUGAAGUUCUAAUGAAGAUGUUUCACCAGCUUCUUACACUCAUGCUGUCUAUAGCGUUAUCAUUGAUAAAGGUAAAAUUUGACAGUUUAUUAUGAAAUGCUGGUCUCCUUACAGCCCCUUUGAAUGUUAUUUUUUAUCAGUCUGCUAAUAAUGUUUAAAUUGAUAGAACUAAUCCGUGUUAAAGCUCCAGUGCCACAAUCCUGUUGAAAUUGAAUAGUAAAUAAUUACUUAAUGCUGUAUCUUUUGUAGUACCCAUAUAUCUGGAUGCUGUAUGUUUUAAGUGCUCAAUAAUAGCUAAUUUCUUGCCUCUCA